GAACAUCGCGGGCUCGCUCAUCAACCUCCCCAAUGGACUCCACCCCAUCCCCAAAAAUACCUCUGAUCCAUAUCCUCCGCCACGGCGAGGCUCUCCACAACGUCGAACGCGAACAUCCCCACCGCGAUCCGCCCCUAACCGAAGCCGGACAAAAUGCAGCAAACAACGUCAAGCUCGCAGCUACCCCAGAUCUCAUCCUCAUCUCGCCAAUGACAAGAACUAUCCAGACCGCCAUGAUCUUGUUCCCAUUCCUCCAAGACCUAGGCCCGUUCCCCAUCCCCGUACAAAUCUGGCCCGAACUCCGCGAAGCAAACGACGCCUUCUGCAACAAAGGCCUCCCACGCGCAGAACUGCAGGCCAAGUUCCCGCAAUUCGACUUCUCUGAAUGCCGAGUGGAUUGGGAUUACCCAGCGCAUACUAUCGAAGGAGCUACCGAAAGAGCGGAAGCAGUGCGACGCCGGGUGAAGGAACUAUCUGGUAGCUAUAAGGAUAUCAUUAUUGUCACGCAUCGGGGCUUGAUCGCGUACUUGGUGAAGGGCAGGCGCUUCAACCUUUGCGAGAGCCGUUCGUAUCGGUUUGCGAGUGCGGAGGAGCUGCAGGUGCCGAAGGUGAGGAUGGGUUUGAAUUGCGAUACGCUGCUGGAACAGGACUUUGGGCCGACGGUGCUGGUGCUUCAUCGCAAUUUAGAGGGUUAGAAGGGGGUGGAUACGGAUUUACGACACCUUCGAGAUAGAGUAGGGGAAUAGAGCGCGCUGUGGAGGAAGGAAACCGAGCAAAGGGAGGCAUAUCAUGCUGACAUCUGCGCACCCCGUUCCUAAGUAUGCGC